UAGCCAAGGCACUUAGUUUACCUGCCCGAUCCAAGAAAAGGAAACAACUGCUCGAAGUCCUUAGAAACAGAGGCAACUUUAAUCACAACAGUCGUGUUUUUAGAAAUGGAGAAGGUGCCAUAAAAGUAAAACGACGUGCAGUUCGGACAGAAUCGGCACACAAAAGUUAUGAAUUUUGUUUAUAUUGCAAGGGAAUGUUUGUGCGACAGGAGCUGUGGAGACACAUGAAGCGAUGCCAAUCUAAACCAGCCAUGUCAGAUGAGUCUGCUGGGGGCAGACAGAGAGUUCUUACCAUUGCAGCAGUGGCUAAAUCUGCUUUCUCUGGUCAAGUUGAUGAUGGGCUAAUGAAAGUACUAAGUCAAAUGAAUGAUGAUGAAAUUGCUCGUGUGGUGAGAAAUGAUUUUGGGCUUCUUCAGUUUGCUCAGUCACUAUAUAAUCGGCAUGGGUUUAACAAAACAAAGCAUGAAUACAUAUGUCAGAAGGUUCGUGAGCUUGCGAGAUUCAUACUUGCAUUGCGUAAAAAAUGUCCAUCUUUUACUCUGGAAGAUGCAAUGAAGCCAGCAAAUUUCAUGAAUGUCAUAGACGCAGUUAAAGAUGCAGCAGGCUUCAACCAAGACACACAUUCUUAUCAAACACCAAGCCUUGCUUUGAAAAUUGGACACUCCCUACUGAAAGUUAGCGAGAUUCUUCACUGCCGUGCUCUUAUUACUGAAGACGCAGAGUUGACCAACAGUGCAAAGGCAUUCCAAAAGCUGUAUAAGACGAAGUGGUCUGAAUACAUAUCUCAUAAAGCUUUAUGCACCAUCAGUGAUUUAAAGUACAACAAGCCCACCAAAUUACCACUCACUCAAGACAUCGACAAGCUUAACGACUAUCUACAGAGAAGUGCAGAAUCAGCCUUUCAAGAGCUUAGCCAAAACACAACAGAGCACAACUACGCAUGUCUAGCCAGGCUAACAUUGACUAGGAUCAUUCUUUUCAACAGACGUCGUGUGGGAGAGGUCUCCAAGAUGCCCUUAAAAAAUUUCCUUCAAAGAGAUGACUCUUACGCUUUUGAAGAGCUGGGACUUUCUGCCUAUGAGAAGCGUCUGUGCAAGUAUUUCACAAGAGUUGAGCUAAAGGGAAAGCGAGGACGAAAAGUUGCUGUUUUACUAAGCCCAGACAUCACAAAAGCUCUGGAACUGCUUGUUGAAAAACGGAAACAAUGUGGUGUUCUCCAAGACAAUGAAUACCUUUUUGCAGCACCAAAAGGUAAUAGCUUCUACAGAGGACAUGACUGUCUUAAAAAGUUUGCUGCUGAGUGUGGAGCAAGUCAUCCAGAGUACCUAAGAUCCACACAGCUGAGAAAACAUGUGGCUACAACAUCUCAAAUUCUGAAUCUAAAACACAAUGAACUGGACCAACUGGCAGACUUUUUAGGCCACGAUAUCAGUGUGCAUCGUGAAUAUUAUAGACUACCUGAUGCAACGGUUCAGGUGGCCAAAAUUUCCAAACUGCUUUUAGCCCUUGAAAAGGGAAUGCUGCCAGAACUGAGAGGAAAAACUCUUGAUGAAAUCAAAGACUUUACAGAUGAGGAUGAUGAUCAGGAUGACAGUGAUGAAGACACCAGUGAGACCAGACCCCAACAUAUAACCUCUGGAAAUUAUGGUUAAAAGGCAGGAGGGGAGCCAGGAGGAGCCAAUUCAUCCAGUAAAAAUGCAGAGAUGGAAAGACAAAAAACAAAGAGAACCUAUGUAAAAAGACCAUGGACCCCUUCAGAGAUAAAAUCCGUAAUGAAAUUCUUUGGAGAGCACAUCAAAAAGGGGAAACUUGCAACGUUGCCUGAAUGUGAGGCUUGCAAGAAGGCAGAACACCCGGUUCUUGACUCUCGAACCAUACAAAACAUUAGAGACUUUGUGCGGAAUAAGGGCAUAGCUUACAAGCGGCAGACAUGUUUUUAACCAUAUCUAUAUGCAGUGUGUCAUACGGAGCCGUCGA